AUGGCAAUGCCCUCCGCAGACUCGCACGAGUCGCUCUCGGCGGCGUACGCAUCCAACUACGACUACGUCGACUCGGGCGCAGCUUCGCAAAACCACUACCAGCACCAGCAGCCACACUUGCACCACUCCAACUCGUCCGCCACCGCAACCACUACCUCCUCCUCGGCGUCCGCUUCUCUCACGCGCGCAGGUGGCAGCGUCGGUUCGUCGGGAUCGCAGUCGUACUACUCAUCCGCCACCAACACAAACCAGCCAAACCAGCAACAGCAACAGCAACAGCAUCAUCAUCAAGCAUACCCAAAUCAGUACCAGCACUACCACCACCAGCAGUAUCACCAGCAUCCGCACCCGUCGCCUCCCACGCCCGCGUUUCGUCCCAACCGCCAGACCAGCUCCAACUACCCGGAACACGCACAGUCGGCAGCGCUGAAUCCAGCCUCCCACCACGCCUACUUUGCUGCUCCAGCCCCCGCCAUCUCGUCCAGCAUGUACGCCCAGUCCAACAUCUCGAUGCCCGCUCUGGGCCCCGCCGUGCCCGACCCCUCCGUACGCGCCCCGCCGCUCGCAGACGACCUCGGCGACGCCUUCAACGGAAUGAACCUCUACGGCACCCCCAAGCUCGGCCCACAGCGCGCAAGGUCGCCCGCAUACACUGCUGCGGCCGCCUCCACCUCCGACGCCGCGGCUGGCAAGGGCGCUGCGAGCGCCGCAUCGGUGCGUGCCAACGCCAUGUACGCCAACCAGGAGAUCCACCAGUCCGCCGCAGAGGUGCAUCCCGAAAACUCGCUCGCCGCCAUCGCGGACCAGGUCGACCAGGCGGCUGCCGACCUCGAUCCCAACGCCAACCUCGCCGCGUCCGGCCCCUCGCACAACGACCACUCGAGCCAGCACCACGGCUCGCAGUACGCCUCGGGCGCGGGCGCGAGCACCGACGCGGGUCAGAUGAACUGGGACCCCAUGGCGGCUGCGGCGUACUAUGGCAGCGGUGGCGCCUCGCAUGCGGGCGCUGGCGCCGGUGGCUAUCCCGGCUUCCAGCCACAGCCGCUGCACGCCUCGGCGGGCUACGCUUUCGCCGCUGGCGGUGCGCCGCCUGCACACUUCCCGCCUGCAGGCGCUGCAUCCGGAGCGUACGACUCCAACCCGUACUUCGCUGCGGCGUCCGGAUAUCUGGGCUUUCCCGAGGGUGCUGCGCCCGGCUUCCCGCCUGGCGCGGAUCCGUACUCGGCAUCAGCAGCGGCAGCGGCGGCGGCGGCGGCGGCGGGCAUGAUGCCGCUGGGUGGUGGCGGUGCGGGGCGACCGAGCAUGCUCACGCGGCAGGGGACACAGAUGUCGAUGAUGUCCGGCACGAGUGCGUCGCUCGGCGGGCUGGCGAGCAAUCCGCGCCGCAAGUCCAAGGAGGCCACUGCGCCGCAGCAGACGCUUCCGUUCAACAAGUCGUUCGUUGCCGAGUACCGCCAGCGCAUGAAGGGCGAUCCUGAUCCGGAGGCGCAGUUCGCAUACGCAAAGUACCUCAUCGAGGCGGCCAAGAAGGUGCACGAUCCGGCGGACGGCCCCAAGCAGCAGCGCAAGUACCGCGACACGCUGCUCUCGGAGAGCCUCAAGCUCAUCAAGCGGCUCGCCACCACAGGCAUGGGGUUGGGAAAGCCGCCGUAUGCCGAGGCGCAGUUCUUCCUCGCCAACUGUUUUGGCAACGGCAGUCUGGGGCUGCAGGUGGACCACGAGAAGGCGUACAAUCUGUACGUGCAGGCGAGCAAGCAGAACCACCCGGCUGCCACCUAUCGUACUGCGGUUUGCAACGAGGUGGGCGCAGGUACGCGCCGGGACCACCACCGGGCGGUGCUGUUCUACCGCAAGGCAUCUGCACUGGGGGAUACGGCGGGCAUGUACAAGCUGGGCAUGGUGUUGCUCAACGGCAUGCUGGGGCAGCCGCGCAAUGUGCGCGAGGCGAUCGUGUGGCUCAAGCGCGCCGCAGCCCAGGCGGACGAGGACAACCCGCACGCGCUGCACGAGCUCGGGCUGCUGCACGAAAAGUCGACCAACUCGGUGGUGCUUCACGACGAGGCGUAUGCGCGCGAGCUCUUCACGCACGCCGCCCAGCUCGGGUAUGCACCGUCGCAGUUCAAGCUCGGUUCGGCGUACGAGUACGGCCACCUGACGUGCCCGGUGGAUCCGCGCCGCAGUAUCGCCUGGUACACCAAAGCCGCGGGCAGGGGGGAUGGCGAGUCGGAACUCGCACUUUCGGGCUGGUACUUGACGGGAUCGGAGGGCGUGUUGAAGCAGAGCGACUCCGAGGCGUACCUGUGGGCGCGCCGCGCAGCCAGCAAGGGCAUCCCCAAGGCCGAGUACGCCGUGGGCUACUACUCGGAAGUGGGCAUCGGCGUGAAUGCGAAUCUGGACGAGGCCAAGCGGUGGUAUAUGCGCGCAGCGGCGCAGGGCAACAAGCGCGCCAUGCAGCGCCUCACCGAACUCAAGAAGCUCAAGGGCAGCGCAGCCAAGGGCGCGCGCCCCACGCGCAAGGACGCCGAGUCCGAAUGUACCGUCAUGUGA